CGUAAAACCAAACUAAUAACCUAUUCAAACGAUUUUAAACCGAACCAUGAGCACAGGUGACCAUCCCGUUGUUUUCCGAUCGAGCAAUUGACAACCCUCCAGGCUCCAGCCACAAUUGACAACUCUCCUGGCAAAAUUUAUAUCAACUGAUACAACUGUUUAGAGCAUCUAGGGUUUACUGAAUGGGGGACAAUCAUCCUUCAUCGUCUACGAACCAUGAUUCAACAGCAACAACGAAGGUCACAGAUAUGGAUAUGGAUUCACUGGUUCAUUGCACAAGCUACCUCACCCUUCAGGACAUCUCUAACAUGGCCGUUUCUUGUAAAUUCCUCAAUCGCCUCGUUUAUUCUGAUUCCGUCUGGCGACGCUUGUUCAGGGAGCGAUGGCCACAGCUGGAACCCUAUAUCAAUUCACAAAAAUCAGGUCUAAGAGAAGCAUAUUUGGCACGAUAUAGUGCUUUGCAGCAGUUUAAGUUUGUUGACCCUUUAGAUUCCAAUGUAUACUUGGAGGGAAAAUCCAGUGACCUCUUAUUAAGCAAGGAUUCUGUAUUUCUUUCUCAGGGUCCACUUAUACAGAUUUAUAGCAUUGAUAAACUUCUACAAGGAGAAGCUUCCUUUGUCUCACUUAAUGAUCAUCGUGCAAGAAUUACCAGCAUGAGAUUGUUUCCUCUGAAAGAAACAUCAUUAUUUCGAAAUGAGGCACAUAUAAAUGAUAAUGUUUUAGUCACCUCAAGCUGUGAUCACUCUAUACGACUAUGGUGGAAGGGAAGUUGCCAGCGAUGUUUCAGAGGUCACAAUGGCCCUGUAACUGUUCUUUCUGAUAAAUUGUUGGGAGAUGAAAAUGGAAAAGUUUUUGCAAGUGGAGGCGAAGACAGUACCGUUCGCCUUUGGUCACUUAGGUCAACCGGAAAGCGUGGUCAACAUGCUUUGAAGGCUACACUUUAUGGGCAUGAGAAGCCUAUAGCAUUCAUGUCUGUUACCGGGCACAGGGCUUCCCUAAUAGCGAGCAUGUCAAAAGAUUCUAAGGUUAGAGUGUGGGAUGCCUCGAUAUCAUCUAGUGACCGUAAUUCCAGCUGUGUGGGCAUGACGUCUGUUCCUGGUGUGCCAGUUGGCAUGAAGUGCCAUGAUUCGUUACUCUAUAUUGCAUUUGGUUCCUCCAUCGGAGCGGUUGACUUGAGGACAAUGAAAACCGUCUUCAGGACAUCAACAAACGAAGGAAAAUUGUAUUCGUUUGACAUUAUGCCCUCUAAAUUUUUAGCGUGCACUGGUGGACUUGGCAGAGCCCUGCUUUGGGACAUGAGGAAAAAUACAGGGGCUGGGGAUGCCGAACCAAUGGCUGAACUGGAUGGACAUAUAGGUCCGGUAACGCACCUACACAUGGACUCAAACAAAAUAGUCACUGGUGGUCCUGAAGAUCCACAUAUUAGUAUCUGGGCUGCCAACACGGGUAAUCAAACAAAUGUUUUAAGCUGCUCACCUCUCGAUAGCUCUGGUUGUUUUGCUAUGGCUGCAGAUGGUUUUCGAAUUGUCACUGCUGGUUAUAAUCAAGAAUAUGGUGUUUUACGUUUUCGGGAUUUCAAUAAUGCUGUGUGUUCUGGCUCGUUAAAUGAGCACGUAACUGGUUCAAAAUUUUGGUGCCCAUCAACUUCUGGUGAUGGGGAUGAAUCUGACGGUUAAAUAGGUUAUCUUUUUGUACAUAUUUUGAGCACCUAAAUUGAAAAGGUAACAUCACGUUUAAGGUGGUGUAUUUUUGGAAAAA